GGGGAGCCGACGUAGUUCAGGAACUGGGCGUAGCUUCGGUUACUGUGGUAGCGGGGACGCUUAGGCAGGGCCUGAGCCCAGUUUAGAGGCCAAUGCUCCUCCCGUCCUUUGCAUGGCACCCAAGAAAGAGAAAGGCGGGACUGUGAACACCAGUUCUAAGAUAUGGGAACCCUCGCUCAUAGCUGCACAGUUCAAUCAGAACGAUUGGAAGGCCUCCAUUGCUUUUGUGGUUGGGAACCAGAUUGAAGAUGAUCUUCUCAUCCAAGCCCUUACCCUGGCUGUCCAGGUCCCUCAGCGUAAACUCUUCAGUAUGGUAUCCUGGCAAGACAUUUUCCAGCAGAUUAAUGAAAUACAUACACUUGUUGGAUCUGCUUCAUCUAAAAAGGCAAAAAAACCUGUAGGUGGUAAUGUUCCUUUAUAUUAUGAGGUGUUAAUGGCAGCAAAAGCAAUUAUGGAUAGCGGAGAGAAAUUAACCUUACCACUGAUAGGGAAACUCUUGAAAUUUCAACUUCUCCAGAUUAAAUUUAAGGACCAACAGCGACGGGAAAAUGAAAAGAAGGUAAUAGAAGACAAACAUAAGUUAGAAAAGGAUAAAGGGAAAGCAAAAUCUCCUAAGGAGAAAAAGGCUCCAAGUGCCAAGUCUGCCAAAGGAAAGGGAAAAGAUCAGCCUGAGGCCAAUGCACCAGUGAAAAAGACCACCCAGUUAAAACGGAGAGGAGAAGACGACGACACCAAUCGUUACAUAGACGAUGAGCCAGAUGAUGGUGCCCAACAUUACAUUAUAGUCGUGGGCUUCAACAAUCCUCAGCUAUUAGCAAUUAUGGCUGAGCUUGGCAUUCCUAUAACCAGCGUGAUUAAAAUAUCUUCAGAGAAUUAUGAACCUCUGCAGUCACACCUGGCAGCAGUUAACCAGCAGCAGGAAGUUCUUCUUCAGCCAGAAGAUCUAGAAGCAGAAAAAUUGAAGAAAGAAAACGCCAUAAAAGAGCUUAAAACUUUCUGGAAGUACUUGGAACCAAUCCUGAAUAAUGAGAAACCUGAAACAAAUCUCUUUGAUGUUGCUAGACUUGAAUACAUGGUCAAAGCAGCUGGUUUUCCUUCUGACUGGUCAGAUGGCGAGAUAAUGCUGAAAUUGGGCACUGAUAUCUUUGAAAAUAUUGCCUGUCUGAUGUAUGACGUCCUGGAUUGGAAAAGACAGCACCAGCACUAUUUGGAAAGUAUGCAGCUUAUUAAUGUUCCACAAGUGGUUAAUGAGAAACCUGUAUUAGAAGCCAUGCCAACUUUGGAGGCUCCACAACCUGCUGUACCAACUCCUGGAAAGAAGAAAACACAGUAUGAAGAACCACAAGCUCCACCACCAGUGACUUCAGUCAUCACAACUGAAGUAGACAUGAGAUACUACAAUGAUUUGCUGAAUCCGAUUCCAGAGGAAUUCAUUUCUGUGCCCCUGAUACUGCAUUGUAUGCUAGAACAGGUUGUGGCAACUGAAGAAGAUCUUGUCCCACCCAGUCUGCGGGAGCCAUCCCCCAGAGCAGACGGGCUAGACCACAGAAUCGCAGCUCACAUUGUGUCCCUUCUGCCCUCACUCUGUCUCUCAGAGAGGGAGAAAAAGAAUCUUCAGGAAAUAUUUUUAUCUGAAGAAGAAAAUGAAAGCAAAGCAGUGCCCAAAGGCCCCCUCCUACUGAACUAUCAUGAUGCACACGCCCACAAGAAGUACACACUGAAGGACCAAAAGAAUUUUGAUCCAGUUCAAAUUGAGCAGGAGAUGCAGUCCAAGUUGCCACUGUGGGAAUUCCUUCAAUUCCCUCUACCCCCACCAUGGAACAACACUAAACGUCUAGCUAUGAUUCAUGAGCUUAUGCACUUUUGUACGAGUGAUGUCUUGAGCUGGAAUGAAGUAGAACGAGCCUUCAAGGUGUUUACUUUUGAGAGCCUGAAACUCUCUGAGGUUGAUGAAAAUGGGAAACUAAAGCCUUCUGGGAUGAUGUGUGGGUCAGAUUCUGAAAUGUUUAACAUACCAUGGGACAACCCUGCCAGAUUUGCUAAACAGAUAAGGCAUCAAUAUGUCAUGAAAAUGAACACUCAAGAGGCCAAGCAGAAAGCAGAUAUUAAAAUCAAAGACAGAACAAUAUUUUUGGAUCAGAAUUUGUCAAUGUCUGUGCAAGAUAAUGAGAGCAACCAAGAACCUUCAGAUCCUAGUCAGUGUGAUGCUAACAAUAUGAAGCAUUCUGACUUGAAUAAUCCCGGACUCUCAGUCCCUGAUAAUAGACAGCUGUUAGAGCAGGAGAGCAUCUUGAAGACUCAACCCCAACAUGAGUCUCUGGAGCAGACCACAAACAAUGAGAUCAAAGAUGAUGCAGUCGCAAAGGCUGAUUCUCAUGAAAAGAAAUCCAAGAAGAUGAUGGUGGAAGCAGAUUUAGAGGACAUAAAGAAAACACAGCAGCGCAGUCUAAUGGACUGGAGUUUUACUGAACAUUUUAAACCGAAAGUACUGCUUCAGGUCCUUCAAGAAGCCCAUAAGCAAUAUAGGUGUGUUGAUUCUUACUACCACACCCAAGACAACUGUUUACUUUUAGUCUUUCACAAUCCAAUGAAUAGACAACGUUUGCAUUGUGAAUAUUGGAACAUUGCUCUUCACUCCAAUGUUGGAUUCAGGAAUUAUUUGGAACUUGUUGCAAAAUCUAUUCAAGAUUGGAUUACAAAAGAAGAAGCUAUAUAUCAGGAAUCUAAAAUGAAUGAGGAAAUCAUCAGGACCAAAGCUGAGCUGGAAUUGAAAUCUGCUAAUGCCAGACUUACUUCUGCUAGCAAAAUCUUUUCCCUUAAAAAAUCUAAAAGUUACAAAGGAAUCAGCAAAACAGAGAUAUCAGAUCAAGAAAAAGAAAAAGAGAAGGAAAAGAUUCCUUUCAUUUUAGAAGGCUCUCUCAAGGCAUGGAAAGAAGAGCAAGAUCGAUUAGCAGAAGAGGAGCGCUUAAGGGAAGAAAAGAAAGCAGAGAAGAGCAAAGAAGCUGGUAAAAAGAAAGGCAAGGAUAACGUAGAGAAAGAAGAUAGUAGGUCUUUGAAGAAAAAACCAUCUCACAAGGAGAAAUCUAAAGAAGAACCAGUCAAGGUCCAAGAAGUAAUAGAAGAGUCCCCCCACCAACCAGAACCUGAGAUAACUUACUCAUUUCACGGAUACAAUAUGGGAAAUACACCUACUCAAAUCUCGGGGUCAAAUUACUACCUGUAUCCUUCUGAUGGUGGGCAGAUUGAAGUGGAAAAGACAAUGUUUGAAAAAGGCCCAACUUUUAUCAAAGUGAGAGUGAUAAAGGACAAGCACAAUUUUAUAAUUCAUUUAAAUGACCCUAAGGAAAUUGUGAAAAAGGAAGAGAAAGGGGACUAUUAUUUAGAAGAGGAAGAAGAAGAAGAUGAGGAACAAAAUCUUGAAACAGAAGUAUCAGAUGCAAAGAAUAAAACUUUCAGCAAGUUUGGAUCUUUUUCUGCCACCUUAGAAAAUGGAAUCUGCCUCUCAAUAAGUUACUAUGGAUCAAAUGGAAUGGCACCAGAAGAUAAGGAUCCUAAUUUAGAAACAAUAUUGAAUAUCCCUUCAGCACUCACUCCAACAGUGGUUCCUGUUAUAGUGACCGUUCCUCAAAGCAAAACUAAAGGGAAAAUAAAAGGCAAAGAAAAACCCAAAGAAUCUCUUAAAGAAGAAGAGCACCCAAAAGAAGAAGAGAAAAAGGAAGAAGUAGAACCAGAACCUGUUUUACAAGAGAAUUUCGAUGUUCCUAUCUUCCAAAGCCUAAAUGUGUCUUGCCCCAGUGGGCUCCUGUUGACUUUCAUUGGGCAAGAAUCUACAGGUCAAUGUGUUAUAGAUGAGGAACCCACCUGGGACAUCAUGGUCCGUCAGAGCUACCCCCAGAGGGUGAAGCACUAUGAGUUCUAUAAAACGGUGAUGCCACCCGCAGAGCAGGAGGCUUCAAGGGUUAUCACCAGUCAAGGCACUGUUGUCAAAUAUAUGUUGGAUGGAUCCACACAGAUUCUCUUUGCAGAUGGUGCUGUGAGCAGUAGUCCCAAUUCAGGUCUUAUUUGUCCUCCUGAAAUGCCAGCAACCCCUCACAGUGGAGAUUUGAUGGACUCUAUUUCUCAGCAGAAAUCAGAAACGAUACCGUCUGAGAUUACCAACACAAAGAAAGGAAAAAGUCACAAAAAUCAGUCAUCAAUUGCCCAUAAGGGUGAAAUCCAUGACCCUCCUCCAGAGACAGUUCAAACUGUAACUCCUGUGGAUGUUCACAUAGGCACUUGGUUUACAACCACACCUGAAGGAAAUCGGAUUGGGACCAAAGGAUUAGAAAGAAUAGCAGACUUGGUCCCAUUAUUAUCCUUUCAGGCCACAGAUCCUGUCGAUGGAACGGUUAUGACAACUCGAGAAGACAAAGUUGUCAUAGUUGAAAGGAAAGAUGGGACUCGGAUAGUGGAUCAUGCUGAUGGUACCAGGAUCACAACCUUUUUUCAAGUUUAUGAAGAUCAAAUUAUUCUGCCAGAUGAUCAAGAAACAACCGAAGGUCCUCUGACUGUCACCAGGCAGGUGAAGUGUAUGCGGGUAGAAAGCUCACGCUAUGCCACUGUUAUCACCAACUGUGAGGAUAGUAGCUGCUGUGCCACCUUUGGAGAUGGAACAACUAUAAUUGCAAAGCCACAGGGAACAUACCAGGUGUUACCUCCAAACACAGGCUCUCUUUAUAUUGACAAGGAUUGUUCAGCUAUGUACUGCCAUGAAUCAAGCAGUAACAUAUACUACCCUUUUCAAAAGCGUGAACAGCCGAGAGCUGGCAGGUACAUCAUGAGACAUACUUCAGAGGUUAUCUGUGAGGUUCUGGAUCCUGAGGGAAACACUUUUCAGGUCAUGGCUGAUGGUGGCAUAUCAACUAUAUUACCUGAAAAAAAAUUGGAAGAUGAUUUAAAUGAAAAACCUGAGGGCUAUGAUAGUCUAUCCUCUAUGCACCUUGAAAAGAAUCAUCAGCAAAUCUAUGGUGAACAUGUCCCCAGGUUUUUCGUUAUGUAUGCUGAUGGAUCAGGAAUGGAACUUCUUCGAGACAGUGACAUAGAAGAAUAUCUAUCUUUGGCAUAUAAAGAACCAAAUACUGUUGUUCUCCAAGAGCCAGUGCAGGAACAGCCAGGCACCCUGACCAUCACAGUCCUUCGCCCUUUCCAUGAAGCAUCACCAUGGUUAAUAAAAAAGGAAGAUACAAUUGUCCCUCCUAAUCUCCAGUCAAGGUCAUGGGAAACAUUUCCCUCAGUUGAGAAAAAAACUCCAGGACCUCCGUUUGGCACUCAGAUUUGGAAAGGCCUUUGCAUUGAGUCCAAACAGCUAGUGAGUGCCCCACGUGCCAUACUCAAGAGCCCCAGUGUGCUACAGAUGCGCCAGUUCAUUCAGCAUGAGGUCAUAAAGAAUGAGGUGAAACUGAGGCUGCAGGUUUCCCUUAAGGAUUACAUAAACCAUAUUCUGAAGAAAGAAGAUGAGCUGCAGGAAAUGAUGGUUAAAGAUUCCAGAACUGAGGAGGAGAGAGGCAAUGCCGCUGACCUCCUCAAGCUGGUUAUGUCUUUCCCUAAAAUGGAGGAAACUACAAAAAGUCAUGUUACUGAAGUUGCAGCUCACCUAACUGAUUUAUUCAAGCAAUCUUUGGCUACGCCUCCAAAAUGUCCAUCAGACACAUUUAGGAAAGAUUUCUUUGAAAAGAAAUGGAGGCACACAGCAUCCUCAAAACGCUGGAAAGAAAAGAUAGACAAAACGAGGAAGGAAAUUGAGACAACACAAAAUUAUCUAAUGGAUAUUAAGAACCACAGAGUACCACCCUUUUUUAAGUCUGAAUUGCACCAGUUAUAUCAGUCUCAGUUAAAAUACCCAGAUAGAGGAAUUUUCUACUGUACAGUACGAUACUUGAAGUUCCUGUUCAUUUCGGGUUUUCUAGAUUUCGAGCCACGUAAGGUUUCAGAACAGAAGUCCUCAAGUGUGGCUAGCCUUCCAAAACCAGAUAUUUCUGCGGCUAAGAAGGAUUUCCCUGCUCAGAACCAAACUGAAAAUUUAACAAAAUCUCCUGAAGAACCAGAAUCUUAUGAGCCUGUGAAAAUUCCAACCCAGUCCUUGCUGCAGGAUGUUGCGGGACAAGCAAGAAAAGAAAAAGUGAAGUUGCCUCGUUAUUUGCUGAGUUCCAAGCCUAAGUCUCAACCUCUUGCAAAGGUGCAAGAUUCUGUUGCAGGAAAAGUGAACACAUCCUCUAUUGCAUCUGCCGCCAUUAAUAAUGCACAGUCAUCCCCUUUUGGGUUCCAUCUUCUCCCGUCAUCAGUGAAGUUUGGAGUGCUUAAGGAAGGACAUACCUAUGCCACAGUUGUAAAGCUCAAGAAUGUUGGAGUGGACUUCUGCAGGUUUAAGGUAAAGCAGCCCCCACCCAGCACAGGACUGAAAGUGACUUACAAACCUGGACCCGUGGCAGCUGGUUUGCAGACAGAACUGAAUAUAGAGUUAUUUGCCAUGGCUGUUGGAGAGGAUGGGGCCAGGGGAUCAGCACACAUCUCUCACAAUAUCGAGAUUAUGACUGAGCAUGAGGUUCUGUUCCUACCUGUGGAAGCAACAGUUUUAACAAGCAUCAAUUAUGAUAAGCGACCAAAAGACUUUCCCCAGGGAAAAGAAAAUCCAAUGGUCCAGAGAACUUCUGCAAUUCAUUCCUCCACACUUGGAGUCUUCAUGUCUCGUAAAGUUUCUCCACAUUAGUUUCUUCUCGGUACAACUCAAUAGCCUCCAUAAUCCUCUCAGCCUACAGAUGAUGACAAAGGAAAGAAAUCAUCACAACACACUCCAUCAUCCCAGGACACUGAAACUGGAAGAGCUGACUAGAAAUUUGCCAAAUGAAAUAGCUUCAAUCCGUUUAAUAAAGAUGUGCCAAUAGAGUGCCAAAAAGC